AUGGCGAUAAAGGUAGUCCGUGCACUGUACGACUAUGCUGGGUCGGAAGACUCUGGGCUCUCCUUCAGAAAGGGAGAUAUUAUUCAGGUGCUUACACAACUGGACAGCGGAUGGUGGGAUGGUCUGCUUUAUGGCGAACGUGGCUGGUUCCCUUCGAAUUACGUGGGUGAACCAGAGACGUUGAAAGAUGCACCAACAGCCGAUCAAGUUCAGGGUAGCGUAUGGGUUCGGCAGAUUGGACACCUGGGAAACAUCUACUAUUUUAACCGCGAUACUGGAGCAACCACACAAGAUACGCCCACUACAUUUGCACCGGCGACCGAGUCGAAUGGAAACGCUGCUGACUACUUUGGCGCGGCGACCAACGCCUUGGAUCUUCCGCCUGGCUGGAUUGUGUACGAUGCAGAGGCUGGGGGCCCGAUGUACUACAAUCACUACACAAAGGAGACUCGAUGGACUCGUCCUGAAACCGAGGGUGACCUAGCGCCGGACUCGGCGACUACUCGGUCAUCUGUCCCUUCGUCUCCCGGUGGUCUGCUCACCCCUACAUCAUCGCGCGGCAGCUUCUCCUUCUCUCGUCAAUCCUCUAUCCUCUCGCGGUCAGAUCAGUCCUCGUCUCGGCCGUCCACCGCCUCAACAUCACCGACCAGUACCACUGCCAAUCGGGCAUCACAAGGCCUUCCACCCAACUGGGGAAUGAAAGUGACGCUCGAACGACGCCCAUAUUAUUACAAUAUGGUGACCGAUGAGACGACCUGGACAUUGGAAGAUAUUGACACGGAGACGGGCAACCUGGUCCCGUCGCCGCAACGCAAACCGAGCAACGCGUCUGUUAACUCAGAGAGAUCUUCCAUGGGAAGCCAUUCUUCAAUCUUGAACAUGCUACCGCCAAUAUUACCGACCGACGAAGCCGUCAGCUCACCUAACCUGACAUGGGCAAAGCUGGCCAACGACAUCAUCUCUCGCAUCCAUCAACUCAACCAGUACGCAAAACAUGGCAAAAAGGAAGGCUUCGUGUCUCAGUCGUCUCUUAUCGUCGAGUCGAUUCGCAUCAUGCUCUACGCAUCGGGCACAGCACGGAAGGACGCUCCUUCUGUCGCCUCGCACAAGAUGGUCAAAGUCCAUCAUAGGCAGAUCAUGAGCUCGCUCUCAAAACUGGUCCUGCAUGCGAAAGAAGCGUCUGGUGUGUGGCCACCACCAGACUCGGUUGUGAGCUUACAACAAGCAACCAAUGAAGUACUGGUUUCCGUACGCCAAUUUGUCGCGGCUGCGCAAGAGGCUGGUGUCGAGGUGCAACCACUGACCAAUGGCGAGGCUGCUGCAAUACAUUCGUCGGGAAGCUCGUCAAAUACCGCUCCGCCGCCGUCAGUUACCGACGGCGAACUUGGCCCAGGUCUUGGGCAGCUCGCCUCCAAUCAAAGCCGUGACAGCAUGGGUUCCGAUACCGGCCUGGCAGCUGUCGCUGAGCAGCAGCUUCUGACUCAACAAACGAACCCCGAGCUUGUAACAUGUCUGGAGAACUAUACCCGAUCGAUCUUCAAAAUGCUCACCGAGGUUGCGAGGCACGUACGUCAAGGAAGCAUCGAAACGGCAACCAUCAUCAAGCAGGUUAAGGUCACCGUCAUGGAAGUUGGUAACCUGCUUGCGUUGGUGGAUGAAAUCCCAUUGGACUCGGUCUCUGAGGACCUUACGUUGGAGUUCAAGGUCAAUCGCCUGAAUCUGUACAACUCGGUCACCGGCCUGGUCACUGCCACGCAAGUCAGCACGCAGCCUUUGGCGCCGAUCAAUGCCAUGGAACAGGUUCUGCUGUCUGCCGGUCUUCUCGAGAAGGCCGUCAAGGACAUGCUGAUUUCCACCAAGUUCCUGGUGGCCGAGCGUGAGAACGCUGAGCAAGCGAGUCUGGUGCAGUACAUCGACAAGUUCACGCGGCAUCGUACCUCCUCGGCCUCCUCCAACGACGGGAACGGUUCUCUUCAACCGAGACGCGCAAUGAGCUUGUCCAUCUUGAACAACGCCAUACCCGAGGACGGCUCGCCAAUCCCUGCACAAGGGUCCGAGUCCGCCCCGAGCACCCCUCUCCCCAUUGACGAAAGCGGAGAACCCGGAAGGUCGUUCUUCGCCCGAUCUGCGUCCACACCUCUCAUUCCUGUCCAUCAGAUGUCACCGGCAAGAUCAACUCGGGCCCACGGGGUCACGAGCGACCGCGCCAGCAAGAGCAGCGACUCCAGCGACGGCGGCCUUCACUUCAUGAACCAGAACCGGGUAUCCUUGCACAGCGACCCCAACAUGGGCUCCGCACAAGGCUCGCGCGCGUCUGUACAUUCGGGUAAGACCGAAGACCCGGCAAAGCCUUGGUUCCUGCAAUACGACUACAGCGAGCGCGACGUCUCCUUCAGCCCCGACGGCAAACUCCGCGGUGCUACGCUGGACGCCCUCAUCGAGCGGCUAACCCUGCACGACGGGCUGGACCCCGAAGUCCUGAGCACCUUCCUGCUCACCUACCGCUCAUUCACCGAUUCCGUCACCUUCAUCCAGUUGCUGAAGCGGCGGUUCAGCAUGGAAGCACCCUCCGAGCUGACCGUCCCCGAGCGCGACCUAUGGCUUGAAAAGAAACGCACACCCAUCCGCAUCCGUGUCUUCAACGUCGCUAGGAACUGGAUCGACAACCAUGCUAGUUUCGAGGACCCUGUUGAUCGUCAAGCGAUGGUGGAGCUGAAGCAGUUUGCGCAGACGGAUGUGAUGCCGUUUAUGGAAGCUGCGGGCAAGCAGUUGAUCAAGUCUAUUGAGAAGAAGGAGAGUGGGGAAUCGAGCGCGAGGCGGAUGAUUCUCAACCCCAAUAGGGAGUACCCCGUCCCUGUCGUUCCGCGCAACUUGAAGAAGAUCAAGUUCCUGGAUUUGGAUGCUACCGAAGUUGCGAGGCAGUUGACGAUUAUGGAGGCGAAGCAGUAUAAUAAGCUUGAGCCGGGAGAGUUCCUCAAUAGGGCUUGGAGCGAGAAGGAUGGGAAUGCUGCCGUCAAUGUCAAAGCCCUCAUCAACAUGUCCAAUCAGAUUACGGGUUGGGUCGCUGCGACUAUCCUGAGCGAGAAGGACCUGAAGAAGCGGGCUGCAAUUUUCAAGCAAUUCAUUCUUGUUGCUGACCGAUGCCGUGCCCUGAACAACUUCAACACACUUAUGUCGAUCCUAGCCGGCCUCAACUCCGCCCCCGUCCACCGCCUCAACCGCACCCGCGAGCUCCUCUCCGCCCGCAUCCGCAACAUGUUCGAAGCCCUCCGCGCCACCAUGACCCCCCUCAAGAAUUUCUCCGCCUACCGCGAAACCCUGCACUCCGUCAACCCUCCCUGCGUGCCUUUCCUCGGGUUCUACCUCACCGACCUGACCUUCAUCGAGGACGGCAACUCGGACAUGUUGCGCGACCAUAAUGCGCACCUGAUCAAUUUCUUCAAGCGGAUGAAGACCGCCGGGGUUAUUCAGGAGAUUCAGCAGUAUCAGAAUGCGCCGUAUGUGUUGAUGCCUGUGCCGGAGCUGCAGACGUGGUUGAGGAGCAACAUGAUGGUGGAGGUUGAUGACUCGGAUCUUUAUGAUAAGAGUUUGGUCUUGGAGCCGAGGGAAAGACCCGAUGAGAUCAUCGCCAGGAAAUUGCUGGAAAACGGACUCAUGUAA